AGUGAAGCUAGGGGCGAGAACGCCCCAGGACUCUGCAACAACUGCUUUCUUCGCCACACUUCUGACAGAACAGGACGGGGGUGGGGGUAGAGGACCGUUAGGUGUGCAUUCCAGGCCUCAGCACUUUGCCAUCUCACCACCCAGGCUCGAGAGUGAAAGUGCCCACACUCUUGCGACUUGGGUUGGACGAGGGGCGACCCUGGGACACCCCGAGCUGGGAUAUGGAGCUCCUGUCGCCUCCGCUCCGCGACGUAGACUUGACAGGCCCCGACGGCUCUCUCUGCUCCUUUGGCACAGCCGACGACUUCUAUGAUGACCCAUGUUUCGACUCGCCGGACCUGCGCUUUUUCGAGGACCUGGACCCGCGCCUGGUGCACGUGGGCGCACUCCUGAAGCCCGAGGAGCACUCGCACUUCCCCGCGGCCGUGCACCCGGGCCCGGGCGCGCGAGAGGACGAGCAUGUGCGCGCGCCCAGCGGGCACCACCAGGCGGGUCGCUGUCUGCUGUGGGCUUGCAAGGCGUGCAAGCGCAAAACCACCAACGCCGACCGCCGCAAGGCCGCCACCAUGCGCGAGAGGCGCCGCCUGAGCAAAGUGAACGAGGCCUUCGAGACCCUCAAGCGCUGCACGUCCAGCAACCCGAACCAGCGGCUGCCCAAGGUGGAGAUCCUGCGCAAUGCCAUCCGCUACAUCGAGGGCCUGCAGGCUCUGCUGCGCGACCAGGACGCCGCGCCCCCUGGCGCCACCGCCUUCUACGCGCCCGGCCCGCUGCCCCCAGGCCGCAGCGAGCACUACAGCGGGGACUCGGACGCGUCCAGCCCGCGCUCCAACUGCUCCGACGGCAUGAUGGACUACAGCGGCCCGCCAAGCGGUUCCCGGAGGCGGAACUGCUAUGAGAGCGCCUACUACAGCGAGACGCCCAGCGAGCCCAGGCCGGGGAAGAGUGCGGCGGUGUCCAGCCUUGACUGCCUGUCCAGCAUUGUGGAGCGCAUCUCCACCGACAGCCCGGCCGCCCCUGCGCAGCUGCUGACCGACGCACCACCGGAGCCGCCUCCGUGUCCUCCAGAGGGGACCGCGCAGAGCGACACAGAACACGGGGCCCAGGCUGGGUCCCCGGACGCCACCACUCAAUGCCCUACGGGCGCGAACCCCAAAGCGAUCUACCAGAUGCUUUGAGAGGUCAGGGCCACGUCCAAGGGCGCAGCGCCUACCCUCCCGAGGGAUGGUGCCCCUAGGUCCCACGUGCCCCAAAGGUGAGGUUUAAGUGCCACUCCUCCCCAGUACGCUUCCAAAGGGACACAUCCUCCGGUGCCAGAAGGGGAGAGAUCUGAAAUCUGUUCCCACCUCCGGCCCCAGGGCAAGGGCGCAGUCCUUUUCUUCUCACGCCGCACCCUUCCCUGAGACACCUCACGAUGGCCACUUGCCUCAGUGAGCCCAACCUUAAGCAGCCAGGUCCUCUUCCUUUUCCUGGCAGCCUCCAGAGCUGGGACGAGCCCCGCACACCUAAGCCCUGCCCUCCACGUCCAGGUUGUUUGUGGAGACAUGACCCCCAUUUUCCAGAGCCCUCGCUACACCCACUCUUUCCCAUCGCCUGCGGGGGCCGCCCUAGCAGGUGUAACGGUGACCCACCCCUCCCCUGUCCCGCGGUUCAGGACCACUUUUUUAAAAAAUGACUUUUGUAAUCUAUUCCUGUAAAUAAGAGUUGCUUUGCCACAGCCAGAGCCCCUCGGGCUGUAUUUAUCUCUGAGGCAUGGUGUGUAGUGCAACCCGGACUUUGUAUGUUUAUACUGCAGAAGGGCGAGCCGCUGACGCUCGCUCAGGUGUUGGAAAUAAAGACGCUAAUUUA